AUGUCGCUGCUGACUCAUGUGCUGGCGUGUCUGUUCGGGAUGGGCUCCUGGGUGGCCAUCAACGGGAUGUGGGUUGAGCUGCCCCUGAUCGUACCUGAGAUCCCAGAAAGAUGGCACCUUCCCUCCUACCUCACAGUCCUCAUCCAAAUGGCCAACAUAGGUCCUCUCUUCAUCACUCUGAUGCACCGCUUCCGCCCAGGGGCGCUGGACGAGCGGCCGGUCAUCUACUGCAUUGUGGGGUUGGGUAUUGUUGCUACAUUCCUGCUGGCUUUCUUCUGGAGGCACACAGUGACUGUUGCGGGUUCUUUGCACAGUGUGCCUCUGCUGAUGUUAAGCUUCCUGCUGUCUGUGGUGGACUGCACCUCAUCUGUUACCUUCCUUCCUUUCAUGAUGAGGCUGCGUUCACAAUAUCUCACCACAUAUUUCGCAGGUGAAGGCCUCAGUGGUCUGGUGCCUGCGCUGGUAGCUCUGAUUCAAGGUGUUGGUGUCGUCCACUGUCAAAAUGCUACUUUGUCUAGUAACAAUUCCAGUAUGGUUGACAGUGGAAAGCUCGACGCCGUCUACCAGCCGGCUAAAUUCUCUGCCCAGGUCUUCUUCGUGUUCCUCAGUGUCAUGAUGGUCGUGUGCCUGGUAGCCUUUAUCCUACUCAACUACCACCCAGCAGUCGCUCGGGAGAGAAACAAUGACCGGUACUUUGGAGGGGAUCUGGAACGUGAGAAGAGAGAACAGGGAUUGUCUCUGCAUGCCCAGACACCAGAGCAGAAGCCGAUGAUCAGCCCCCUGGAGUCUGUCAGGAGAGAACCCAGGAGCUCUUUUGGGAGGGGGACAUACAGCAGCUUGGAGGUGAUGUUCAUCUUCGUUGUACUGGCUUGGGUCAAUGCUCUGACCAACGCAGUGCUGCCCUCAGUGCAGUCCUACUCCUGUCUGCCUUACGGGAACAAGGCCUACCAUCUAGCUGCUACCAUGGCUGCUGUUGCCAACCCUGUGGCCUGCUUCAUUGCCAUGUUUGUGCCUGUAAGGUCUCUUUUGUUCAUGGGUUUCUUGACCGUGUUUGGGACUGGAUUUGGAGCCUACAUCAUGGCUAUGGCUUCUCUGAGUCCCUGUCCUUUGCUGGUCUACAGUACUUCUGGAACUGUAGUCAUAGUGCUGGCCUGGAUCCUCUUUGUCCUGUCCCUUUCCUACGUGAAGGUCAUCAUUGGAGUGAUUCUGAGGGAUGAGGGCCACAGCGCCCUUGUGUGGUGUGGAGCUGUAGUGCAGCUGGGCUCCAUGCUCGGUGCUAUCUCCAUGUUCCCGCUGGUCAGUGUCUAUGGACUUUUCAAGUCAGGUGACGCUUGUAACACCAAGUGUCCAACAUAGACAGUAAAUAUGUUACUGUUAAACACUGCUGUUCAAAAUCCAAACGUAAAUUACGCUAUUUUAGUAGCACUGAACUUAUUGCGGUCAUGAGUUUUACAUCUAGUAUCUUGUUUUCUGAGAGGUUAAAUGUGAUCAUUUAUAACUGUAUCAAUCCUUGUUUUGUUUUUUUAUAUUUAUAUAUACAAACGUAUGGUUUAUACAGAUUACUGUAUUUAUUGACUUAUGAAAUGGGCUCCACGCAAAGCUGAAAAAAUAUCUGCAUAUACAUUGCCAGUGUUUUAGACCACAAAAUACUAAAGUGUGAUAGUAUUUUAACACUGAACAUGUUACAAUUCCUUAUCAAUUUAGAGCUUAAAGCUCAGACCUCAUUUUACUUGAACUUUUAACAUAUUGUAAAACUAUGAUCGACUGAUGUUGCUUUUAUAAGAACUAAUGGUACUUUUGGCUUUAAAAUGUGCCUUAAUUCUAUAGAAACAGAGAUUUGUGCUUUCUUUGUGUCCAGUGUUGUUUAAACAACUUGCUUUGUACUGUAUAUGUUGCUGUAGUUACUGUUCAAUAAUACCAAAUAAAAUUUGUUUUAUUGUUGCCUAUAAA